AUGUUCACCAAACUUGUCGCCGCUGUCGCGUUCUCCACGCUCUCCUUCGUCUCUGCUCAAUCAGACUCCAACUCAACAUUUACGAUCGACCCUUCCCUAGUUACUACACCUGACAAAGUUACUUGGUGCCAAGGACAGCAGGAUAGCUGUGGUACCCUUUGCGGCUCGCCAACCGUCAACAAUUGCGAUACCAACACAUUGAACUUCCAAUGUGUGUGCCAAGGCGGCAAUGAACCUGAUUUGAAUGUCUACAUGAACACAAUGCCCUGGUUCGUUUGCGAGAGACUCCAACAAAACUGCAUCACAGCAACCGAGAACAAUGCGGCCGGUCAGAAGAAUUGUACAUCGACGUUUGGUGACAAGUGUGGUACGGAAGUUGUGGCCGAUCACGCAGGAGAGGGUGCCUCAAGCGGAACUAGCAGCUCCAGUGCAGCGCCUAGUGCUACUUCCGGUUCCAGCUCCGCUGCGACGAGUUCGACGUCCCAGGGAGCAGCUGUCCCAACGCAUAUCCAGCAUCUCGGAAAUGGCGCUGCAGCUGUGGCUCUCGGCUUAUUCGCUUAUAUGCUCUAA